AUGAAGACGACACAAAAUCAAGAAGAAAACACCAAAGAAUAUCAAGAUUGCACAUCAUGCAAGAUCAUCGGUGCCUCAGCAUUUGGUGGAUUGGGUGCUUAUGCGCUUCGUGAAGCAACCAAGUUGCAGAAGAAACCAGGAAGACAAAACGCAGCAGUGGGUGUAGGCGUAGCAGGCGUUGUCUUUUUAUCUGCAGGCAUUUAUCGACUAUUAAUGUAG